CCCACGGUGACUGUUGUUCUUGAACCUCACCGAAUCGCAUUCUCACCAAAAUCAUGACGUCAAUCGGCACAGGCUACGAUCUCUCCAACUCGGUGUUCUCGCCAGACGGCCGGAAUUUCCAGGUCGAAUAUGCCGUCAAGGCAGUUGAGAACGGAGGCACCGCCGUCGGCAUCAGAUGCAAGGAUGGUGUAGUGUUGGCAGUGGAGAAGAUCAUCACGAGCAAGCUUCUAAAGCCCGGUGCCAACAAGAGAAUCGCGUCAGUCGACCGCCAUGUCGGAAUUGUAUCUGCUGGACUUGUUCCCGAUGGCCGUCACUUCGUUUCCAGAGCCAGAGAUGAAGCUUCCUCGUGGAGAAGCACAUACAAAGGACCCAUUCCUACCAACGCGCUCGCCAAUCGGUUGGGUAGCUACGUGCAGGCGUACACCCUCUACUCCAGCGUACGGCCAUUCGGUGUAACUGCUAUUGUCGGCGGGUGGGAUAGCGAGGCGGAGCUUCCAGUUGAUGGACAGGUUGGCACCGGACCCAAGUCUGGUUCCGGUGGAAAGGUCGAGGGUGCCAAGGCCGGUGGACCUGGUCUAUACAUGAUUGAGCCCAGUGGACUGUAUUGGGGAUACUACGGUGCUGCUACCGGCAAAGGACGACAGGCCGCCAAAGCCGAAUUGGAGAAACUAGACCUCAGCUCGGGCAACCUGUCUUUGGCAGAUGGUGUUAAGGAAGCCGCCCGCAUUAUCUACGUCGCUCACGAAGACAGCAAGGAUAAGGACUUUGAGCUCGAGAUGACGUGGAUCAGCUCAGUCGAUGGGCCGACCAAGGGCCGUCACGAGGAGGUGCCCAAGGAGCUCCUCGAAGAGGCAGAGAAAGCAGCAAAGCGAGCUCUGGAAGGUGACGACGAAGAAGAGGAAGACAAGGCCCAAGGCGAACAGAUGGAAGAGUGA